AUGUUCGCAAUGUAUGACCUUAUGUUACCCUCGUCGGUGACGUCAUUCCACCGCCAAGUGAACAGCGAACGCCGUUUCGGAAUGUCUUCGCCUUCAGGUUGUGGUGGCAGCUCUGUCCCCGUGGCAGCGGUGGCAGGGGUACGAGCAUCGUCCCCUUCUUCAACAGCGUCGACCACACCUGCAUCUACAGGUCUGUCUUUUUCGCCGGAUCUUCAGGCUCAGAGAACAGUUCUGGAGCACCUGUUCGACAGAAAAUUAGUAGAAGGCGACUUCUGGUACGUGAUUGUGGCAGAAUGGCUCGAACAGCUGAAGAAGUUCAUAGGAAUCAACAGCUCUAGAAAGUAUUACGGUCAACGUGCCUCGUCACCGCCUGGACCUAUUGUCACAAGAAGGGAUUAUGCUCACACAGUGGACGUGGUGCAUGAAGACGCUUGGCGUAUGCUAGUGCAGUGGUACGGUCUCGCAGACGGACACAAGGCUAUGAAGCUAGUGGUAUACAAGUACGCACGUGGCCCAGAAAUAGAGCACAACAUAAACUCGUUUAAAAUCAUGCUGAGCAACUCCCCACCAGAGGACUUUCACAUCGUUCGAUUCAGCAAACUGGAGAAAGUUGGCUACGUGGAACAUAAGGCCAGACAACUGUAUUCUAUACCUGCCAGCCAAGAGUCGCGACUGUGGGCUAAAGCUGAGGCUGAUGCCGAAUGGAGGCCACUGUUCUAUCGUGACAAACCCAUCGGGGUCGUGCUGGAUAUGGACUCUGACUUUACUAGACCGGUGGUGGCUUUAGAAAUAACGGACGCAGAAGGAAGCUGGGUCGGGGCUCCAGAGCUGAUUGAGCCACCAGCAGACAGUAAAGUUCACGGGUACCUGGUGGAGAACAGCAUGUUUGACGAUGUGACCACCCCCUGGGAGUUGGAUAUACACGAGCAGAUUGACCAGAUUGGCAAGACGCUUCUGGAAAAGCUCCAUGGAAACUUCAACGUAUUUGUGCAGAGAGCCAAAGAUCACAUUGAUGCACGCGAGUGUCACCUGAGAGAGCGAGAACGCCAGGUGUGUGCCCGUGAGUCAGUGACAGAAAGGUUAAGUACUCGCCUUGAACUGAAGGAACUUCGGCUCAGUGAAGAGAUGAUGAAAUGUGAAGAGAAAAUCAAGGAGUACGAGAGCCGACGUCUAGAGCUAGAGCGAGAGAUUGCUGACCGGCAAGAAGAAAUGCAGAAGAUGCUGUCGGAGAAGGAAGCGCUCCUGACUGCUGACAAGGCAGAUUUUGAGGCAGAGAAAGAAAGAUUUCGUGAAGAAUUGCAGCACAUGAGUGAGCUAAGCAAAGUUCAAGAAAGUCGCAUUAAACUGGACAUCGGAGGAAAUCAGUUCACCACAUCUGUGCUGACGCUAACCAAAGAUCCAAACUCUAUGCUGGCAGCAAUGUUCAGUGGCCGCCAUGAGUUGAAAACUGAAGAAGACGGCAGCUACUUUAUCGACAGAGACGGGACCCACUUCCGCCAUGUUCUCAACUACCUGCGAGAUGGAUGCGUCAAAGAGGGGACUCUGCCACAGAGCGAGACCAUGUGGAGGGAAUUAUUGACAGAGGCAGAAUUCUUCCAGCUCUCGGAAUUGGCGGCCUACUUGACCGAGUUGAUAUCCAAAAAGGAAUCAGAAAGUUGA